AAUUUUAUUAUUACAGAGUAUAUUAUUUUAAUAUAUUAUUUUAUUAUUGUUUUCAUAAUUCAUAUGCAAAUGGCAACCAACUAAUCACUGAAUCUUUACUGUUCCCCACUACCUCUGUUCCUCAUUCAUCCUUUAUAGCUUGUUACUAGGAGUUUAACGUGGGAAUGGCUCUCAGCCACCUUCGACGUCUGUGGCAUCACAGGCAGUCGCUGUGAUCAUGGUAUCCACCGACCAGAGUACCACUGGUGUUGGGUCGACUUCAUUCCUCCAUUAACUUUCAUGAUCUAGUGUUUUUCCAAGCUAUAUUGCCCGCAAUAAUUGUGUAGAACCUGGCACCAUGUCAAGAGAACUUUUAAUUGUGUUUGUUUACGACCCACGAUUCUGUACUACUGAAGCUGAUGAUCCACAAAAUUCUAUUUUAUACUUUCAUCCCCCAUGGGUUAGCUCUACACAAAAGCUUGCUUUAAGUGGACAACUAAUGGGAAUUGUAAAGUUUUCUUCUUCAGUUUUCUCGACUCCUUCAGUACUAGCAUUACGUUCUGGAAAAUUUGCUAUUCGGCACUUUGGUUCGUCGACAUUGUGUGUUGGAACAGAUCGAAAUAUUCCAGACAGUAUUUUGCAAAAUCGAGCCGACACUUUGUAUAAUAUUUUAGUUACAUAUCACUUUAAUAUCACUGAAAUCUCAGAUCAUAAAAUUCUUUGUGAACAGUUAAAUACUGUAAUUUCAUCAUAUCUUUCUCUUCUGCUAGUUUCUUCAAACAUGUUUAGUACUACUGCAGUACUUAAAUUUCCCAAAAGUGGAGGAAAUAUACUUUUGGAAGCAAUGCAAAUACUUGAAAGUAUGCAAGAAAAAAACAAAGUUUUGGGUGGAAUGUUAUUACAUCAAAACAAAAUUGUUGUUACUCAAUUUGGAUUUGAACUAACUAAAUUAAUCCAAUUGACAAAUCCUUUCUGUAAUAAAAUACCAGCUGAAAAUGUAAAAGGGAGUUUUCACUUACCAUUAGGCACACAAAUCUUGUACAUUUUUGUGGAUAGAGAACAAGUACUACAAAUAAGAAAAACAGCUACCUCACUGAAAGAAUCUGUAAAAAAAGUAUCAAGAUGGCGGCAAAAGAAUAAGAUGGCUUAUAAGUCACAAGACUAUCUUAAAACUAACAAAAAUCCAGAAAAUAAAAAUAUGUUCACUGUUGAAGAAGAAGAUACCCCAGAUAGUAAUAGUGGAUCAAUCUGUAGUAUGCCAGAUAUUGUGAAAGAAUCUAUUAUUAAAGCAGAAAAGAAAUUAGAAAAAUCUAGUACUGGAAAAUGUUCUUCUCUAGAAUCAUCUCUGAACGAAAUGCCAAAUUUCUCAAAACUUGUUACAUUAAGAAAAGACACAACAAGGUAUCAGAGUCUUCGGUUGUUGCCUAAAACAACAAAUAAUAACAAUUUAAAAUAUAAUGAUAAAUAUAGAACAUUAUGUGACCCGUAUUUUCCAUUAUUGCGUGAUGAUGAUUAUGCUGUUUCUAAAGCACUAUAUGAUAAACAACUAUCUCAACAUUAUACUGAUCUUGAUUUUAAAGCACAGACUGAAAAAGAAAAAAUAUUAAAAUCAAAAAAACCAGUUCGGCCAACUUCCAUUCCAUUAAAUUUACAAGCUCUUGAUAGAAAACCUGCACUUAAAGAAGACAUAAUGACACCUUUGAUGGCUAAACUUAGCAUGACAGAAUCAUAUAACUUUGUCACGCCUACAGAAAGCAUUUGUAGAACUCCUACAAGUUUUCAACUGCAAACUAAUCCUGUCAGUCAUCAAAAACUAUUGUUAUUUGUUGCUGGUUUUCAAAAUACUUCAAUAAUGGUUUUAUUAGAAAAAGAAGCAGAAAAUGAUGCUGAACUUAUUCAUUUAUUAUGGAAUUUAAGUUUUAAUAAUCUUGGAGACUUAGAACACUCUAUAAAUAACACAAUUACAAAUGUCCCAGAUGCAUAUAAUUUACAAGGUACCGAUGAAACUUAUGGUUACAUGGUAAUGGAUACGACAAAUGCUGGUAUGAUUGAUAAGCAUGGUAACUGGUUAGGUUCGCAAACAAUUUUAGCCACUUCUAUACAUGAUACUUUCCAAAAAAAACCAUCAGUUCUUGAUAUAAUCAUCAGAAAUGACGACAAUAUUGUCUACGGAAAUAAAUGUGGCAGCCGAGAAUUAUUUUAUCAACAAAAUGGUAAUAUUGUUAGUGGUCUACCAACGCCAUCAGAUAUAAUGGGUGUUGUAUCUACAACUGCAAAACGAAGACUUCAAAGAGACCAUGGUAUUAUUAUUCUAUAAAAUACACUUAACUAUUUUUACAGUAUUAUGGUAAAAUAUUAAAAGUGUUUUUAGUGUGAGUUUAUAUUAUGCAUAUUUUAAGAAUAUUUAUUUAUAGCUACAUUAAAAUUGAAAUUCGAAAAAUUUUACUUGUUCACUUAAUACUCAACACUAUGUUAACUAUUAAACAUUAUAUGUUCAAGAUGAACUCAAUUAAAUAUAAGUGCCCAUAUAUAGUUUGAAAAC